UUCACUCUGUACGCGCUGCUGUAGAUUACAUUAAGACGCAUACAUGUGUUCUUCGAAGUUACGAUUCAUACAUGCGAUCUUUCUCUCGAGUUUCGAGCUCACCGCGCGUAUUGAGGUUCACUGAGUCAGCUUACCGGAUCACACAGCGAUCGAUCGAAUCCAUUCACGUAUACGAGUGUAGCGCAAAAUAAUUAAAUCAGCAUCAGUUCGUCUCAAGUGGCCCUCGUAAACGGAACCGAUUAGCAGCGCAAGUUGUACUCGUUGUUUUCUUAGAAUCAAGUAGCACACCCUCCUCGAUUGAAUGCUAAGAUAACCAUUUCGGUCCGUUCUAAUCGCGCGCGUUUGCUUCCGAGUGUCCUAAUUUCCCGGUGAUUAGUUUGGAUUGCAGAUUUCCAGACAGGAUAUUGAAGCGGAAUGGCGGAACCAUGUGUGACUACGUGUUGCCGGUGCUACUCCCUGCGAACCGGCUCGCUAAUAUCUGGCAUCAUGGGAAUUGUGUUGUCGAUUAUCUCCAUUAUCGUUAUUUUCACCACAAGAGUCGAGUUUAAAACGAUUCUUAUGGACUGGCUGCCGCAGAAUGUAGUGAAAAUCAUAUUCGUGCUGAACCUUUGCAUGACCAUUCUGAUUUCACUGCUGAUGAUCCUUGGUGUGCUCAAGAAAAAUCAUUAUCUUAUGAUGCCUUGGGUGAUACUGGGAUUCAUGCUGGUAAUAGGCUUACUAAUCAGCGUGAUAUACACAGCUGUGAUGUAUUUCAUUGAUGGAUUCGUACUCGGUGGCUCUCUGUGGUUAGCAAUUGGUCUGAUUUCAGUCGUGAUUUACGCAUACAUGUGGGCAGUUGUGUACAGCUGUUUCAUCGAACAGAAGAACGAAAACGAACGUGGACAAUACUCCAAGCAGCCAUAUCGGCGAUAAACUAGUACAAAUUUGAAUACUUUCUAUUGAAAUGUUUCGAAGUAACCAUCUUUUAGGCCAUCGGAAACAACUUAACGGUAGAUACUAAUAUUGUUUUUAUUUAUUUUACAAGAUAAACAUAAUUUAUUCGUGUUAAGUUUAAAUAUUUGGAUUAUAUAACAUAGAAUUUCGAUAUUCAACAAAUAUUAAAUAAUAAUAUUAGAGAUUAACGUA